UAACCUUGUGGUAUCUGGCUAAUAUGGAAUGCUUUAGGUCAAUCGCUGAUAGAUUUGGUGUAUCCCCAAAAGCAAGUUGGUCAGCAGUUACAUUUGUAUGCAAGUAUUUGCUCAAAAUUAACCGCGUUCUUGGCAUAAUUUCCUGGCCGACAUCUGAAGAAGCACAAAAUACUGCAUCGUAUUUUGAGGAAAAAACCAGAUUUCCAGGUGUUAUUGGGUGUAUUGACGGCAGUCACAUUCCCAUAGUUAAGCCUAAGCUCUACCCUAAUUCAUAUAUCAAUCGGAAGAAGUACCAUUCAAUAUUGCUACAAGCAAUAUGUAAUGAACGAAUGGAGUUUAUUGAUUGCUACGCUGGCGAAGCUGGAUCAAUUCACGAUGCAUGCCUCUUUCGUAGAUCUAAAGUGUUUAGGAAAAUUUCCGAUGGUACUAUUUCCAUACAACAAGACAAGCACUUACUUGGUGACCAAGGGUAUGCACUGAAGUCCUACCUCUUAAUACCAUUUAAGGAUUGCGGAAACUUAAGUUCCAGCCAAAAAAAAUAUAACAACGUUCAUUCUUCGAUAAGGGUGGUGAUUGAGAGGGCGUUUGGUUUGCUGAAAGUACGAUUUCGCCGAUUGCAAAAGCUUAAUACCAGACGCCCCGAUGUAAUCCCAUUAUUAAUAAUUUCCUGCUGUAUUUUACACAACUUUUGUUUAAAAGAAAAUGAUUUCCUGAAUGAGGAAUUACCUUUAUCGGAAAUGUAUCCUAUUGUUCAAACAUCAAAUAAUACAGACACAAGCGGAAAUGAAAAGAGAAACGCUAUUGUACGAAUUUUAUAAAAAAUAAUUUGCGAAUAAAUUGAAGUUUAUUUAAAUAUGCAGUAAAUUUGUCUAAUCAAUUGGGUAUUUUUUUGUACUGAACAGAUUACGAGUUUGCAUUGAGUCUUUUUUGGUUAAAAACUAUAAAUGGCACACGUCCGUCUGAAAUUAUUAAAUAACUGUUCUACAGUAUUG